GACUGCAGUCGGGAGAUUUCUGACUUCCUGCUGCUCCUUGCACUUUCCAAGGUCCAUUCUUGUGAUUCUCAAUGGAGAAUGAAAACAUAGAUUCAUAAUGAAAACCAGCCCCCAUCGGCCACUGAUUCUCAAAAGACGGAGGCUGCCCUUACCUGUUCAAAAUGCCCCAGGUGAAACAUCAGAGGAGGAGCCUAAACGGCCCCCUGCCCAACAAGAGCCUGAUCAAACACAGGCCUCCAAUGAGGUGGCAGAGUCCACCUCUUGCAAGUUUCCGGUUGGGAUCAAGAUUAUUAACCACCCCACAAUGCCCAACACCCAAGUGGUGGCCAUCCCCAACAAUGCCAAUAUCCAGAGCAUCAUCACAGCAUUGACCGCCAAAGGAAAGGAGAGUGGCAGCAAUGGGCCCAACAAAUUUAUCCUCAUUAGCUGUGGGGGAGCCCCCACUCACCCUCCAGAACCCCAACCUCAAGCCCAAACCAGCAAUGAUACCAAGAGGACAGAAGAGAUCACCAAGACCUCGGGACCAAAACCUGCAGCUACGGAUGGAAAUCUUCCUAGACUACCUGGAGCCCUUCUCGGGCAGAGAUGGGAGAACUGUGGUAUGUGGUCUGCAAGGCAAAGGGCUGGCAGUGAGGCAGCAGGCUGCACUCUUAACACCAGCUUGACCAACAUCCAGUGGCUUGGAAAGAUGAGUUCUGAUGGCCUGGGCUCCUGCAGCAUCAAGCAAGAGAUGGAAGGAAAGGAAAAUCAGCACUUGGAGCCGAGUCAGGUUAAGGUUGAGGAGCUCCCAGGAGGAUCAACAUCCUGGCAGGACUCCGUGUCUGAGCGGCCGCCAUACUCUUACAUGGCCAUGAUACAAUUCGCCAUCAACAGUACCGAGAGGAAGCGCAUGACCUUGAAAGACAUCUACACGUGGAUCGAGGACCACUUUCCCUAUUUUAAGCAUAUGGCAAAGCCAGGCUGGAAGAAUUCCAUUCGCCAUAACCUUUCUCUUCAUGACAUGUUUGUUCGAGAGACGUCUGCCAAUGGCAAGGUCUCCUUCUGGACCAUUCACCCCAGUGCCAAUCGUUACUUGACCUUGGACCAGGUGUUUAAGCCACUGGACCCAGGGUCUCCACAAUCACCCGAGCACUUGGAAUCACAGCAGAAACGACCCAAUCCUGAGCUCCGCCGGAAUGUGACCAUCAAAACUGCACUCCCACUGGGCGCACGGCGGAAGAUGAAGCCAUUGCUACCCCGGGUCAGCUCAUACCUGGUACCCAUUCGGUUCCCAGUGAACCAGCCACUGGUGUUACAGCCCUCGGUAAAGGUGCCAUUGCCCCUAGCAGCUUCACUCAUGAGCUCAGAGCUUGCCCGCCACAGCAAACGAGUCCGUAUUGCCCCCAAGCUUCUGGGUUUCCAGUCUUGGUUAAGAAGGUCACCCUCAGAUUGUACAUGUAGUCUCCUAGAUUCUCUUUCAGGAUUUGUGCCGCUAGCUGAUGAGGGGGUCGCUCCUCUGCCGACUGCAGGGCCAGUGAAAGAGGAGAAAUUCCUGCUUGGAGAAGGGCUGUCUCCUCUGCUUCCAGUUCAGCCCAUCAAGGAGGAAGAAAUACAGGCUGGGGAGGAAAUGCCACACUUAGGGAGGCCUAUCAAGGUGGAGAGCCCGCCCCUGAUAGAGUGGCCCUCGCCGUGCCCAUCUGUCAAAGAGGAGCUGUCUCAGUCCUGGGAGGAGGACUCCCCUCACUCGCCCACUCCAAAGUCCAAGAAGUCCUACAGUGGGCUCAGGUCCCCAACCCGGUGUGUGUCUGAAAUGCUGGUGAUUAAACGAAGGGAGGGAAGGGAGAUGAGCCGGUCUCGAAGGAAACAGCACCUACUACCUCCCUGUGUGGAUGAGCCUGAGCUGCUCUUCUCAGAGGCCCCUGGGACUUCAAAACCAGCCACAGAGCUCACUCUCCCUUCAGAGCCCUCUGUGGCUGCCUCCCAGCUUGGCUACUCCCAGGAGGAGGGAGGACCUUUUAAGACACCCAUUAAGGAGACGCUGCCCGUCUCCUCUACCCCAAGCAAAUCUGUCCUCCCCUUGAGCCCUGAAUCCUGGAGUCUUACACCCCCAGCCAAAAUUGGAGGGUUAGAUUUCAGCCCAGUACGAACCCCUGAGGGUACCUUUGGCCCCCUACCUGACUCCCUGGGGCUGACAGAUUUCAGUACCACCCCACUGAAAAGUAUCCCCCUCUUUGACUCACCCCAAGAACUCCUCAAUUCUGAGCCCUUUGACCUCAACUCUGACCCCUUUAGUAGCUGUUCCCCCUCAGAAAUGGAAGUCCCCAAGCCAGACUACCCCAUGGUUGGGGAGCCACAGCUUGCCAGCCUUCCAGCCAACCGUUCCCUGACAGAAGGCCUGGUUCUGGACACAAUGAAUGACAGCCUGAGCAAGAUUCUGCUGGACAUCAGCUUCCCUGGCCUGGAGGAGGACCUGCUGGGCCCUGACAACAUCAACUGGGCUCAGCUCAUGCCUGAGCUGCGGUAGAGACCUGACCUUACCCUUGCUGCUCAAGCUGUCCACUCUGGGCCAUCUAGGAGUGGCUGGGCCAUCCAAGGCCUGAGUAAGGACAGCAAGCAGGGACUGUCCGCCCUCUAGCCCCACCUUGUUAUGCCAAGGCAGACAUCAUGCCAUAGUCAUCACUGGGCCCUCUACAAGCCUCGAGGCCCUGGUAUCUGAACUCUGUGCCACCCUAUGCUCCCCUAGAGAAUCUGAUUCCUCAAUCCUCCUGCGAGAGCUGAAGGGUGGGCAUAGCAGAAACAAGGAUGAAAAGAGAUUAGGAACUCCCCAAACUGUAUUGUGCCCAGCAGUUUCACCUUCCCUGUUCCUUACAGGGUGUCCUGUAAAUAGUGUAUAUGCUCCAAAUUAUCCUCUAAUUUUAAAUGUAAGCUUAUUUCCUUAGAUCAUUAUUUACAGACUAUCAGAAGGUGGGUAGGAUGACAGGAGUUUCACUUUGCUUCUGUUCCACGCUUUCCUCCAGGCCCAAGUUGCCUGCCUCAAGGGUUCUUUACUGUAGGCACCCAGACAAGCAGAUCGGCUUGCCAGAGCCCCUUCUACUGCUCUUCCCUCCCACCUCCCCAUGUUUCCAAGAAGAAAUCCUGGUAAAACUGUCUCAUAAUGUGUCAAGAGCUGAAUUGGGAGUGGGGGGUGGAUGCAUCUGAAGCAGAGUGUGGGCGCCCAGCUGUGUGCCCAUGUGAUGUUUCUCUGAUAGUGCCCCCUAAUCAUGCCAGAGAGACUAGCACUGAUGAGAACCUGGCCUGAGGCUUGAGGAGGCUAAAAGGGUCCUGACCAGCCUGGCUUCCUUAGCUUGCACUGCAGCUUUGCAAAGAGCCACCUGGGCCCCAGCUGGCCAUAUGCAUGUGAGCCAGCGCAAGAACACUACUGUAACUACUCAAUAAAAUCCAGGGUGUAAGAGUUUC